CAUUUAAAUCCAUUUGCAUAACACAUUAUAUACUAUUUUGAAGUUUGUUCAUAGCAUAUAUGUAUGUACUAUUUCAUAGAUAUAAAAUAUAGACUAAGUUUCCAUCGAGGGUUCAAAUCGGGUCAGAGUCGGGUUAGAGUCGGGUUGAGGUGAGCGCUUUUACGGUGGAAACACCAAAGGUUUAGUUGAACUCUACCCUACAAAAUUUUAGGGUAGCGUUCAAUUGGGUUCGGUGGAAACGACAAGAGUCGAGUUCGUGUUGCCAACAUAACAAAUCCAGAUUGCAUUGUGUAUCACGUGCUGUAUUAAUCGGUGUAGAAGAGGUUAUUAUUACUUUUUGUCGGUGAUCUUGUAAUCUGAGAAAUAAUUUUUGUAUGUUAUUUUGAUAUUGUAAAAUUAAUAUUGCUCUCCUUUACAUGUCAGAAUAUGGUAGUUGACUUUGUGCAGUUGGUAAUGUUCAACCCUGCCGCAACUCCAACCCGCGACUCAAACCCGACUCUAACCCGACUCUGACCCGAUUUGAACCUUCGAUGGAAACGUAGUCUUAGUCACAGUAGUUGGAUAGGUAUGCUUAAAAUUGGACCAAUAGAAAAUCUUGUUUCCUUUCAGCAUUUAAAAUCGCACAACCUGCCGGUGCAAAUAGGCAUGUUUUAGAAUGUGGUGUUUACAUGCACGAUAAUAUUGUUUUGUAUAAAUUCAUGUUAUAAUAUGAAUUAUUAUCAAUAAUAUAAUAUGAACUAUUUAAUAUUUUCCAAAUACUUAAACGUUAUUAAAAGAUGAAUCUUGUCAACUCUUUAUUAUUAUGUAUCUUAAUUAAUAUUUUGAUAGUUUGUGUAAAAUGUGAAUUUUCGUUCACGUCAAUAUUUUCAACUAUACAUAACAAGAUUUCUAAUAUCCCAGGAUAUGUGCAGUGUACAUUUACAGAAUGUUGCAACAGUGAAUAUAUUUCUCCUGAUCUUGAUACAUUAGAUGACAUUCUCAGUAAAGAACUGUUUGGGCAAGAAAUUGCUCAUCAUGUUGUUGUAAAUGCUUUACGUGGACAUUUAAUCACCUCUGAUCCUCCAAAAGCUUUGACCAUGAGUUUUCAUGGUCCACCAGGAACUGGUAAAACUUUCAUGACUCAAAUGAUUGCCAAGUUUCUUUAUAAAAAGGGCGAUCAUAGUAACUUUUAUCAUUUUUUUAAUGGUCGAAAUGAUUUUCCUUUAGAAAAGAAUUUAGAACAAUAUAAGGAAGAAUUACGCAACCUUAUCGUUAAUAGUUUAGAAAAAUGUGAAAGGUCAAUGUUUGUAUUUGACGAAGUGGAUAAAAUGCCAGAAGGCUUGUUAAAUGUUCUUGUACCAUUUUUGGAUUAUAACACAUUGAUCAAAUCAUGGAGAUUUGCAAGCAAUUCUAUAAAUACGAGGAAAGCAAUUUAUAUAUUUUUGUCUAAUACAGGCAGUUCACGAAUUACGCAACGUUUACUAAAUCUUUGGGGAGAAGGCAAAAACAGACAUACAACUAAACUUCAAGAUUUUGAGAAUCUGAUAAGUGUUGGAGCAUUUAAUGAAAAAGGUGGUUUUUAUCGUAGCGAUACAAUAGACUCUAAUGUUAUAGAUCACUAUGUGCCUUUUUUACCACUUGAAGAAAUACAUGUAAAAAAGUGUUUAAAGAAAGCUUUUAUAGAUAGAGGUGUAAAUCCUACUAAUGAUAUGUUAGAGGAAGGAUUGUCCUAUGUAAUUUUUGGGCCUCCUCCUCAUAAUCUGUACGCAACAGCUGGCUGUAAAAGAUUAGAACAGAAAGUAGCUGCUAUUAUAUAUGCCGAAAGAAAGAAACAACUUGAACUUUGAAUGUUAUUAUGGUAAAAGAAAGAAUUAAGUUAUAGAAACAGCGCGUCCUUUUUAUGUUAACAUUUCAAUAAGGUCUAAAUUUUAUUAGUUAUUCUUAUUGGCACAAUCAGAAAAUAUGUGUAACAGUUAAAAAAAUAGUAUAAUUAAUUUGUUACAAUAAUGCGUGUAGCGAUUGUUUAUAUAUUUAUGUAUGUAUACGCUUAUAUUUAAGAAGUAGCUAAAAUUUGUAUCGUUAACAAUACAGAAUUACAGUAUAUACAAUUGAGGCUUUGCAAUUGACUUCAAAAUACAGUCAUAAAGAAAGAAGUUGUCUAAAAGUAUAAACAUUUGGCAAUAUGUUUUUUUUCCAUAAUUUUAACAUACAAAAAUAGACAACUUUAAUCUUUAUGAUCUUUUCUAACUGUAUUAGUUCUGUCAUGUAGUACCGAAAAAUAAUUGUACUUCUGUCGUCUAUACAAGUACCUAAACGUAUACGUUUUUAUAUGUUCGGUCGAAUUACGCAAAUAUGUAUCUUCUAUUUUUAUAAUUGUAAUACAAUGCAACCUCAAGCAAAGAGAACAGUAAAAUAAACUGCAUUUCUAUGA